AUGAGACUGAACGAUGACCAUCACCAUCUCUUGUCACUCAAAUGGGCUGAGGAGUUCCAGGUGGUUGUGUUUAUGAGUCAUUGUUCCACUCCCCCUUUCCUUCAGAGCGAGCUGAAACAUCAAGAUGUGGAGCAUUUAAAGGACUCCCAUGUGCUUCCACCUCCCAUCGGCUUUGAUGUGAAAACAAGCACCAUGAUUCCUCCCUGCAAGGGCAGCCACUUUGUCUCAGAAGAAAUCAAGGGCUUCAUUCAGGGUUUCCUGCAACAUUAUUACAGUGUGUACGACUCUGGGGACAGACAGCCACUGCUGGAGGCAUAUCAUGAUGGUUCCUGCUUCUCUCUCACUGUACCACCCAUAUACAAUCCCUUCAGGUGCGGCUUGGGAGAGUACCAUAAAGACAGCCGCAACAUCAUCAGAGUCAAAGCUCUCUCCAAACAGACCCGCAUGCUAAAGCACUCCCGGGUGAAUGUGGUCGCCUUUCUUAAUAACCUGCCACAAACACACCAUGACAUGGCUUCAUUUACUGUGGACGUUAAUACGUACACGAAAACUUUAUUAAUGUUCACAGUGAGUGGAGUAUUCAAAGAGGUUGAUGGUGCAUCGAGAGACUCUGUCAAGGCGUUCUCCAGAGUCUUCAUCACAGUUCCAGCUCAAAAUUCCGGUUUGUGCAUUGUGAACGACGAGCUCUUUGUGAGGAACACCACUAGAGAUGAGAUACAUCGAGCAUUUGCUGCACCGGCCCAGACCCCUUCCAGCAGUUCUGUUCCCACCCUCAAUGCAGCUCAGCAGGAAAUGUUGUCUGCCUUUGCUUCCAACUCGCAAAUGAACCUGGAAUGGUCAAAGAAGUGUCUGCAGGAUAAUGGCUGGGAUUUUAAUAGAGCAGCUCAGGUCUUCAUGGUGCUGAAGGUUCAAGGGAAGAUCCCACAGGCUGCUUUCAUCAAGUGA